AUGCCUUCCAGGCUGAAGUUCUUCCGGGGACAGCGCUACCAGCACCUGAAGAAGCGCUGCCGGCAGCAGCAGAGACUCUUUGAGGACCCCGAGUUCCCGGCCACAAACGCCUCCCUCUUCUACCGCAGAGACCCUCUGCAGGGAGUCUCCUGGAAGCGCCCCGGGGUGAGCAGGAGACAGGGGCGCCUAGUGGUUAGAGCCCUGGAGAGGCCAGGGUUCACAUUCCCCCACUCGGCCCUCGUGAAGCUCCCUUGGGGGCUGGUCCCCGCCUGGCCUACCUCGCAGGGAUUAUUGAGAAGGGGAGCCCCCCCCUUGAAUCAUGGAAUUGCAGAGUCUCAAGGGAUCCUCAGAGGCCCUCUAGUCCAACCCCGUGUGCAAUGCAGGAAUCCUUUGCCCGACGUGGGGCUCGAACCCACACCUUGAGAUUAAGGAGUCUGCCAACUGAGCUAUCCCUGUAUUAGGAGGAAAAAGUGGGGUGGGAAUUAAAUGAAUACAUAAAUACGGGGUCUUGGGGUGGGGUUGGUGAAUCCUACUGUACCCAAAGGACUUCAGCUCAGCAGAUCCCCAUAGACUUGGGGUCCCCUCCACGAGCAGGGUGUGUCCUUGACCCAAAGGGGUGGGAGAGAGUGGGGGCCUGGGCAGAUGUGGGGGACUCCCUGGUUCUGAAUGGGGUCACUGUGCCCCUGAAGGACCAUGUGUGCAGCCGGGGAGUCAUUUUGGACUCACAGCUGUCCAUGGAGGCGCAGGUCAAAUCUGUGUCCAGGGCAGCUGUCUACCAGCUCCAUCUGGUGCACAGGAUGAGACCCUCCCUGCCCGUGGACUGUCUCACCAGAGUGGUGCAUGCUCUAGUCAUCUCCCGCUUGGACUACGGCAAUGUGCUCUACGUGGGGCUACCUUUGAAGGUGACCCGGAAACUACAACUAAUCCAGAAUGCGGCAGCCAGACUGGGGACUGGGAGUGGCCGCCGGGACCACAUAACACCUACACUGGCUCCCAGUACGUUUCUGAGCACAAUUCAAAGUGUUGAUGCUGACCUUGAAAGCCCUAAUCGGCCUCGGUCCAGUAUACCUGAAGGAGCGUCUCCAUCCCCAUCGUUCUGCCUGGAUACUGAGGUCCAGCUCCGAGGGCCUUCUGGCGGUUCCCUCAUUGCAAGAAGCGAGGUUACAUGGAACCAGGCAGAGGGCCUUCUCGGUAGUAGCACCCGCCCUGUGGAACGCCCUCCCACCAGAUGUCAAAGAGAACAACAACUACCAGACUUUUAGAAGACAUCUGAAGGCAGCCCUGUUUAGGGAAGCUUUUAAUGUUUGAUGCAUUACGGUAUUUUAUUAUUUUGUUGGAAUCCGCCCAGAGCGGCUAGAGAAACCCAGCCAGAUGGGCGGGGUAUAAAUAAUAAAUUAUUAUUAUUAUUAUUAUUUUAUAUAAAGCGCGAAAGGCAGGAGCGUCAUUUCCCACAUUGCCAGGGUUGGACUAGGCGCCUCUGGGUGCCCCUUCCAGCGCUAUGAUUCUUUGCGAUGCUGCCUCUGGCUUCUGCUGCUUCAGCCGCAGACGUGGCAGGGCUGUUUCUCAGGGGGUCCUGCCCUAUAAUGGGGGGCGUUUGGGGUUCCAAUGUCCAGAGAGCCUCUCUCCCUCCCUUGGCCAGGAGCUGUGCGCUGACCCCCGGCUCUUUGUGGACGGCAUCAGCCCCAGGGAUCUGCACCAGGGCAGCCUCGGGAACUGCUGGUUUGUGGCGGCCGCCUCCUGCCUGGCCAGCGAGCCCAGCAUCUGGAAGAAGGUAGGGGCCCCUCCUUUGCCCACCCCCUUCCCCCCUUCCCUGCCCCCUCUCUGCCCAAGCAGACACCAGCCUCUCUCUUGUUUGCAAGUGGGAUCUAGCCAUGAUGUGAACCGGGGCUGGUUGGUUCAGGCCAGGGUGCCUCUGGUCAUGUGCAGAGUGCCCGAAAGAGAGAUGCAGCCCUGUCCAGAGGGCUGCCCUCUGAGGGGUGCCAGGGUGCCAGGCCUGCUGCGCCCAAGCAGAAUCCAGUUCUACUCUUUUUAUUUUUUAAAAUUAAUUUAUUUAACAUAAUUAUUACAAAAUAUAAGCUAAAUAUUGCAAAUACAUACAUAUAUUUCAGAUAAGCACACAUAUAUAAAAAAAGAGAAGAAAAGAAAAAAGAAGAAAAAAUAAAGAGAGAAAAAGUCUCUCUUUUUUAAAAAAACAAACAAACCCAGAACCUAGCCUUGACGCUGGCUUCUUUGAGUGCCUCUGGGCAUGUGCAAAGUGACGAGGAUCCAUUAAGGGUUCGGACAGUCAGCCAGCUACAAAUCCACCUAACAGCUGCCUCAUCGCCCCCCCAUUUUACCAGCUUCCUCGCGAGAAAAUCCUGGCCACUUUGUCAAAAGCCUUCCUGAAAUCAAGAUAAACUAUGUCUUCAGCAUUCCCCUGAUCCACUCGUUUUGUGUCUCGGCCUUUUUCCUCCUGCCCGAGUCCAAAGCCCUUCCUGCUUCUCUUCCCUCAGGUCAUCCCCAACCCCCGGGAGCAGGAUUGGGACCCUGGCCGGCCCCAUGCCUACGGCGGCAUCUUCCGCUUCCGCUUCUGGCGCUGGGGCAGCUGGACGGAGGUUGUGGUGGACGACCGGCUGCCCUGCCGCCAGGGACAGCUCCUCUUCUGCCGCUCGGCCGAGCCCCGCGAGUUCUGGAGCGCCCUGCUGGAGAAGGCCUACGCCAAGUGGGUGGGGCAAAAUGGCGGGGGGAAAUGGGGGGCUCUUCUCAAGGGCGUAAGGAGAGACCUGCUACUGGAUCAGGCCACCUGGUUUAGCAUCCUGGCCUCAAAAUAGCGGAAGGACCCCAGGAUCCUAGGGAGCGAGAUAUAUUGGCAAAACCUACUGGUGUUUCUCAACUUUCCGACUUGUUGCAGGACCUUAGCCAGACCUAGCAGAGUAAGCGCAGAAUCCACGGAAGGAAAUGGCGACUUGGCUGCAGACAGGAUAGACGAAGCAGGAACCAGGAACUUGUAGUUAGGUGUUUAUUAUACACAGCGGACUAUUUACAGGAACACCGGGAUGCAGAUGGUGCUGUGGGUUAAACUACAGAGCCUAAGGCUUGCCAAUCAGAAGGUUGGUGGUUCGAAUCCCCGUGACGGGGUGAGCUCCCGUUGCUCGGUCCCUGCUCCUGCCAACCUAGCAGUUCGAAAGCACGUUAAAUAGAUAAAUAGGUACCGCUCCGGCAGGAAGGUAAACGGCGUUUCCAUGCGCUGCUCUGGUUCGCCAGAAGCGGCUUAGUCCUGCUGGCCACAUGACCUGGAAGCUGUAUGCCGGCUCCCUUGGCCAAUAAAGCGAGAUGAGCGCCGCAACCCCAGAGUCGGCCACGACUGGACCUAACGGUCAGGGGUCCCUUGACCUUUACCUAUUUACAGGAACAGAACACGGACCUUUUGCUAGCUCUCUCUGACACGACUCACAACUCCUACACUCACUGACACACUGAACCACUGAACCCUGAACUAACACAUUCCUGUUAGUAGGCCAUUAAUUAUCGCUCCCUUGAGAGAGCUUGACCAAUCAGGGAGCUGUCUCCAUGUCUCUGUUAUCACCAGGCAGACUUACUCCUUCACAUGGCUGCUGGAUCGAGCCAAUGGGGGCCCAUCUAGCCCUGUUCUCACAGUGGCCAAGUGGGUCCCCCAGUGGGGAAGCCUGCGGUCAGGAUUCGAACACAAGAGCACUCCCCCAUCCCACGAUUUCCUGCAACUGGGGUUCAGAAGCAUUGACUGCCUGUGAACGCAGAGCAAUAAUCGAUAGCCCUCUCCUCCUCCAUGAAUUUGUGUGAUCCCUUUUUAAAGGCAUCCAGGUUGGCUCCUGUAGCAGGGAGUUCCGGAGUUGCAACGCAGGAGUCGCGGCUCAAGAACCCCUGACGGACAGCCGUCAGAUCUCAUGUGGCUCUUUUAUAAUAUUCCAGAGUACUUUAAAAAAAUCUAAUCUAGAAAAACAAACAGGAGAAGGAGGAAAGUAAAAGGAAAGGAAAAAUAGAAAAAGAUGAAAUAGCUUCUGAUUCUCUGUCUGCCAGCUACUAAUAUAUUCGUUCAAAUUAAUAUCCAGCUAUUCUAUUUUCUAUCGACCAUUAUUUUUUGCCAGAUAUUAUUAUUUAUUAUUAUUUAAUUUUAUUUAUACCCCGCCCUCCCCGACCAAGACCGGCCACAGGGCAGCUAACACCCAGUAUAAAAACAAUGGAUUAAAAUACAACUUAAAAACAAGAUUAAAAUACAACAUUGAAAUCCAGCCUCAUUUCAGUGGAAGCCCAGAUCGAAAACUGUUUGCGGGGAGAAAACGGCAAAUCUUCACCAAGGCCAACUCUCCAGACUGGUCUUAUGUGGGCUAGAAAAGUCAGAGAAGUCCCCAAAUAGGGGUUCCAUCACCGAAGGAAAAGGAAGUUAAUUUAAAGUCUGCUUUUAGUCUUAAUAAAUGUCAAUAGUGGGCUUCGCAAGUGUGGGGAGGGCGGCUGGGGCGCUCAGACCCUCCUCCUGACAGACUCUCCAUUGGGGCAGCUGGCUGGCUGUAAUCCCCCCCCCCAUUCAAGGGCUGUGUGGUCGAAUGGUUAGGGCACCUGCUCUGAGGAUGGGCCUUGUUCCUUUGCCCAAAAGACUGGUCAUUGGGGAGUGACCAGCCCGCCCCAGCCCCAACUUCAGCAUUGGGGGGGUCCCCCUCCCCGCUAACCACUGGGCAUUCCAGCCCACCCACCCUCUUUCCCCUCUCCUCCCCAGGCUGAAUGGGUGCUAUGAGGCCCUGGAGGGCGGCAACACGGCCGAGGCGCUGGUGGACUUUUCGGGGGGCAUUUCGGAGCCCCUGGCGCUGGACGAGGGGGGCUUUGGCACGGACCCCGAGAAGCGGAAGGAGCUCUUCCAGCAGCUGAAGAAAGCCCACGCCCGAGCGGCUCUCGUCAGCUGCUCCAUCCGGGUGAGAAAAGAGGCCGAGGUGAAGGAGAGGCAGCGCGGCGCAGUGGUUAGAGCGCUGAAAGAGACCAGCGUUCGAAUAAUCCCAAUUCUCGCUUGGUGUGACCCUGAAAGCCAGACUCUGUCUCUUGGCUUUCCUCACAGGGCUGUUGUUGAGGGUUGAAUGAGGAAGGGGAGAGAGAGAGAGGGAAAGGGUUGGGAUAUCAGUGCAAUAAAUAAAUUAAAUAAAGAUUAAACUGGCCAUUAUAAGUUAAAAGAGAAGCAGGGGAGAAGUUCUGACCUGCUGCUGCUGCAAAGGCUUGCAAUAAAUAAAUAAGAACUCAGUAAUAAACUGGGGGUGUCUGUGUGCCUCAGUUGUGGUCUGGUUGGCCGGCGUUCUUUUCUCCCCCCCCCCCCAAUUUUUAUUUCUACUUUUCAGAUAUAUACAUUUCACUGAUUUUACAAUCCUUUUGACAUUCAGAACUUGACUUCCUUCCCCUCUUUCUGCGGCUCCUUAAAUUUAUUUUUUUAAUAUCUUCUGCAUAUCCAAAUUCACUUAACUCGCUCGUUUAUCUUCUUCCAAUAUUUACUCUUACGUAACUGCAGGUUAUUACAAUAAUCCUACCAGUGGUUUUUUUUUAUCUGUUUGCAAUUUACCUGUAAAUAAUUCAAUAAACCAUUUGCACUCUUUUAUAAAAAAGUUCGUUAUCUGGAUUUCUUAUUCUUCCAGUAAGUUUUGCCACUUCUGCAUAUUUUUGUAUCCAUUCUUCCUUUUGCUGGGAAUUCUCCUUUCCCUUUUUGGGCAAAUAACAUUCUUGCCGCUGUAGUAGCAGACAUGAAUAAGUUUCUGUACAAUUUAGGUAGUUCCACCCCUAUAAUUCCCAGAUGAAAAGCUUCUGGGUUUUGUUUGUUUUUUAACAAAUGUUACUUUAAACAUCUUUUUCAAUUCAUUGUAUAUCGUUUCCCAGUAAGCUUUAACUUUACUGCAAGACCACCCCAUAUGCUAGAAAGUAACAUUCAUGCUGCUGUAGUUGCAGACAUGAAUUAAGUUUCUAUACAAUUUAGGUAGUUCUGUCGCUAUAAUUCCCAAGAGAAAUAACAUUUUCGAAUGUUAUUUUGAACAUCUUUUUCGUUUCAUUGUCUAUCGUUUCCCAGGAAGCCUUAACCUUCCUGCAAGACCACCACAGGGCGUUCUUAGUCUGGCACGGCCGUUCUCUGAAUCUGUGUGUGUUGUGUGUCCCCCCCAUAGUCCCUCCCUGGCGAGGGGCCUGAGGCUGAGCUGCCCUGUGGUCUGGUCCGGGGCCACGCCUACGGGGUCACGGCGGUCAGGACCGUCCACCUGCGCAGGAGGAACCUGCUGGAGCUCUUCAAGGUCAAGAAGCUGCAGCUGAUUCGCAUGCGGAACCCCUGGGGGACAGUGGAAUGGAACGGGGCCUGGAGCGACAAGUAAGGGGGGGCGGGAAGGCUGCAUUGGGGUGGGUGGAAGGGGCCCGGGGGGGGAGAAGUCAGCCCCCAUAGCCACAGAAUUAUGGACCUGUAGAGAUAGGAGGGGGCACCAGUGGUCAUCUAGUCCAACCCCACAAUGCAUGAAUCUAGGGGAGAAGUCAGCCCCCUUAGUUGAAGACUUAUGGAUCUGUGGAGGUAGGGGGACCCCAGUGGUCAUCUAGUCCAACCCCCACAAUGAAUGACUCUGGGGGAGCAGCCAGCCCCCUUAGUCGCAGAAUUAUGGACCUGUAGAGAUAGGAGGGGAUCCCGGUGGUCAUCUAGUCCAACCCCCACAAUGCAAGAAUCGCAGUUGAAGAAUCCCUAAAGAGAUGGUUGCCUGAUCUCUGCUUAAAAACCUCCAGCAAAUCUUAGAAUGUAGAGUGGGAAGGGGAACUCAAAGGUCAUCCAGCCCAACCCCAUGCAAUACAAUGUGGUGGGGUCCCCCUGGAGAGGAAAGGAGACCGGGUGGGCUCUGGGGGGCUGUUAGAGAGGGUCCUGCUCGAGGGGCGGACGCUUUUGACCUGUCUCACUUCAAACCCCCCCCCCCACACACUUCAAAGGUCCCCAGAAUGGCAGAAGGUGAGCCAGCGAAACCGGAAGCAAAUGGGGGUAACUGUCCGGGACGAUGGCGAAUUCUGGUAAGUUGGGGCUUUUUUUGGGGGGGGUCUCCAUUGGUCUCUCUGUGAUUGUGGUGCCCCUCUGGGUCCGAUCCUGCAAGACUCCAUUUCAGGGGUCAGCUGCAGGUUUCUAGGACAGGCAUAGGCAAACUCCGGCCCUCCAGAUGUUUGGGACUACAAUUCCCAUCAUCCCUCGCUAACAGGACCAGUGGUCAGGGAUGAUGGGAAUUGUAGUCCCUAACAUCUGGAGUUUGCCUAUGCCUGCUCUAGGAUGUGGAAAGACCCCAAGGCAGGCUGACCCCUCUUUCCCUCUCCAUGGGGCAGCCCCUGCAGCCCCACUCCCAGCCUGCCAAGACCAGACUCUGACAGCUGAUGGAUUGAUUGAUGGAUUGAUUGACUGGCGGAUAGUAUUUCUGUUCCGGUUCAAAUGAGUCCCAGAGCAGCUCACAAGCAACAAAUAAAUGCACAACGUCAGUAAUUGCAACCGAUAAAACACUAUAUUAGCAAACCAGCAAACUAAAAUAUAGCUGGACGCCACAAUUGGAGCAUGGCACACCAUCUGAUUAGCAAACCAAUAAGGCGUUUAUAAUCUCUGAAGCAAUAUUCACUAAAUUGCAGCUAAAAAAUAAGCUGCAAAGUCUACACACCCCAAUGUUUCAUAAUCUUUCGCUCUCUUUGGUUCAUUGAGAGAGCGUGUCUAAGGAGCUCCAGGCGGCUCGAGUAAGUGAGCCAAGCCACACACACGCACCGGAAGGUUGAAGGAGAAUAUUUCCGACCUCGCCAGUCCCUGCCUGACUCUUCUUCCCUGUCUCCCUGACUUUCCCGGCAGGAUGAGCUUUGAGGACUUCUGCGCCCAUUUCACAGACGUUGUCAUCUGCCGCCGCAUGAACACGGCGAGGCUGAGCUGCCGGCGGAGCUGGGUGGAGGGUCUGUAGUUUGGGGAGUGGGACCCCCAGAAGAGGCAGGCAGGGGGCUGCCUCAACCACAGGGACACCUUCCUGGAGAACCCCCAGGUGAUUGGGGGAAAGCGAUGGACGUUCUGGGACCCCAUAUUUCGAAAACCUCAUCAGUUUCGGUUGUUUGCAAGCUGAGAAUAAGGGCGAUAGGCUGAGCUCUCCUCUUUUUAGCGUUUUAUUUCUUUUGCUUUAAAUGCCCUUGCUUUUCCAUUUUUGCUGCGAUUCCGGCAUUGCAAGGCGGGUUGGACUAGAUGACCACUGGGGGUCGCUCCCAAUUCUGCAGUUCGAUUAUGUAAAUUUAUUGAUCUAUUAAAUCUGUAUACUGCCCUCCAUCCGUAGAUCUCAGGGAGGUGCACAGCAUAAAAACGCAAGAUAAAAAACACAAAAUACCGUAUUGGCCCGAAUAUAAGCCGCACCCGAAUAUAAGCCACACCUUUAAAAUUCAAGGGGGGGGGGGAGAAAAAAAAGACAAUACCCGAAUAUAAGCCGCUGCCUUAAAAUUCUGCAGGCACUCACACCUGUUCCGUUUUACCGUCUGUCUGUUUCAGCAGUGAUAUCAUAAAAGCACAUUUUUGUAAGGUCGCGAAUUUAAGCCACACUUUAACUUUUCACGGUCGGAAUUUGGGGGGGAAAAGGUGGGGCUUAUAUUCAGGCCUAUACAGUCAUACCUGUUUCCUGCUUGGCAGGGGGUUGGACUCGAUGGCCCUUGUGGUCUCUUCCAACUCUGAUUCUAUGAUUCUAUGAUUCUAUGAUUCUUGCGAAUGCUUCAUGUUGCAUUUUUUUCAACCCGGAAGUGUUUAUUUCUGGGUUUCGCUGUGUGUGCGUGCACAAGCAUUCUGCGUGGUUCGCGCAUGUGCAGAAGCACUCUAUCGCGCUUUGCAGAUGCGCAGAAGUGCGGCUCUAGUUAUGGUGCGAACCACAACCCCAGAACGGAUCAUGUCCACAACCACAGGUACCACUGUACAGUACAUAAUAAAAAUAAGAACCAGAACAAACACACACACACACACACAUAUAUAUAUAUAUAUAUAUGUGUGUGUGUGUGUGUGUGUGUAUACAUAUUAACAGAUAUAUAUACCAUAUAAGCAGUCAAAACAAUAGGCUGACCUUUUCUCUCUUCUCCCCCCAGUUCUUCUUCGACGUGUCUGGGGUUCGAGACUCGGUCCUGAUCUCGUUGCAGCAGGAAGACACACGUCAGCUCCGGGGGUCUGGCUCCGGGGGGCACAACCUCCCCAUUGGCUUCGAGCUCUUCAGCGUGAGUUCAAGCACCUCGUUCGGGGGGGGGGGCUUGGGGGUGCAGGAAGCUCUGGGUGUGGGGAGUAGGACAGGUCAUAAAAAACUUUUUCUUUUUAAAUGCCUGCUCCAAAGGUCUUAGCCCAGCUUUGCCUGGGGAAGAUGGGAUAUAAAUAAAAUCAUCAUCAUCAUCAUCUUGCUACACUAGGGAUUAUCUAGCUAUAUCUGAAAUUUCACGCAUAUCAGUUAAUAUCUUGACCCUGCUCCGCUGAAUUGAAAUUUCAGCCUUCAUGACUUGGGAAAAUGGCCAAGUAAACAGCUAUUUUCAUAGAGGAGGGUCAAGAUAUUAACUGAUAUGCGUGAAAUUUCAGAUAUAGCUAGAUAAUCUCUAGUGUAGUAAGAUCAGACCUUUGGAGAAGGCAUUUUCAAAACAAAGCUUUUAAUGAACCGCCCUGGGGGGGGGGGCUUGCCUGACGGCAGGGGAGUGGCUGAGGAGGGGGGCCUUGGCGCUGCAAUUUGACCUGCAGAGUCGGAAGGGACCCCCAGGACUCAUCUGCCCCAACGGAGGCCUUUGAGCAGGGACCGGCUGGCCACCCCCUGGCGAUUCUCGAGCGGCGAUUCCUGCCUUUCCGGGGUUAGGCUGGAUGACCUCUGGGGUCCCCUCCCCGUUCCAUGUAAUUCCCUUCCUCGCAGGUGGAGCAGAACCGGACUUGGCGCCUGCAUCGCAUCCCGCCCCGCAUGGCCGGCUCCACCUACAUCAACUCCCGCAGCGUCUUGCUCCGGGCGGAGGUGCCUGGGGGCCGCUACGCCCUCCUGCCCACGACCUUCGACCCCGGCCAAAGCAGCGCCUUCCUCCUGCGCAUCUACAGCGAGCGCCCGGCCAAGCUGCGGUGAGCGCGGCCCCUCGAACCCCAGCCUCCCUCUCCCUCUGAGCAUCUGCAGAGUGCAUUCGCCUCGCCUCACGGGCCUCUUCGCAGCAGCCCCUUUCAGCUUGGCAACUUGAGAUUUCACGAUGGUGACAAGUGUUCCUCUGGGCAUGGGCAGAGUGCCUUUCCCUCGCUACAGAUGGAGCGGAUUGUCUGAUAACAUAAAGACAGAGGGUGGUGUCUCUCCUCCAGGGGGUGUUCUCUCCUUCGCUGUGUAUUUAAUUUUAAAACACCCACCACCCCCAAAAACGAUUCCUGGGAGCUCACGUGCCCCUCGCAGACCCCUGGUUCCCGGCGUUGUUGGCAAACUGCAGUUCACAGGGGAGUUUAGCGGGUGGGUGGGCUUUGGACGAAGGGGCCCUAAGCAGGGAUGGCAGGGGGUGGACUGGAUGACCCCUAGGAGCCCCAUACUGAUCUAUGUUCCUGUAAGGCUAUUUCCCCCCCAUAUUUAAAUUGCAUUUUAACCUGUAUUUUAAAUUGGUUGUUUUUUUCCUAUUAUGUUUUUACUGUAAUUUUAUUGGUGUUAGCCGCCCUUAGCCUGGCUCUGGCCGGGGUGGGCGGGGUAUAAAUAAAAUUUAUUAUUAUUAUUAUUAUUUAUUAUUAUUAUAUUAGAAUAAAAAUACACUUCUUUCCCUCCCUCUCUGCCCCCCAGGGCUGUCAACCGCAAUGACCCCCCACCUCCACGCUGCAGCUGCUGCUCCGGAUCCCACCAGCUCAUCACCUCCGUUUGUGUCCAUCGGGCCGUGGGACUGGCACUCCCCAACUCCAGCAAAGGUGAGCUUGCGACGACUCCUGCAUUGCAGCGGGUUGGGCUAGAUGACCCCUGAGGGUCCCUCCCAACUCUGCACUUCUGUGAUUCUGCAGAAAGACGCUCCCCUCUCCCAAAUGCCUUGCCAAAAGGCACAGGGUGAAUUCAAGGGGGAGGCGGCAGGAGAGGCCUGCCAGCUGCUGUGAGCUGUGUUGCAGAGCCUCCACAUUCAGGGAUAGUCUACCUUUGCCCAGGGGGGUUGCUGGUGAGGGAGGGGCUCUUGAGGAAGGCCUGGGCCCUGGGCGAGGGGUCCCACAAGAGGCCUGGGGGCAAGUGACUGGGGUGUGUCCCCCUCCCUCUCUCUCUCCAGCCCCAGAUGUCUACGUGAAGGUCUGCUCCGAAGGCCAGGCGGUGCGAUCCUGCCUCCACAAGGCCACCUCCAGCCCAGACUUCAACUUCAAGGCCGUCUUCUGCCGCCGGCGCCCGCAGAAGCCCAUCCGCAUCGAGGUGAGUGGAAUUGGGGGGGGGGACGGGACACAUGGGCAGCAACAUGAUCUCCCACCUGUUACGUUCUGAAGGCAAAGGAAGGAUUGGACCCGGGUUAAUACAAUACACACGAGGCUUGGCCAGCAAGACUCUGGGAGGCAGUGCCAAUAAUAAUCUGCCACACCCGGGCCCAGGUCUCUUUUAUUAACAAAAGAACUUUUAACACAGCGCUUGUAAGAACCAGUCAGAUGUCCUCUGAGCAUAAAAAAAAAACCAAAAACCUACCAAGUUAAAACUACAAAGAACUAAUUUGAGCAUGCAUACAUUUUGGGUAAAUAAAACAGGAAUCAAGGAGGAAUGCAUUUAGCAAACCCUAGAGGUCAUAAACAGGCAUUAAACAGGAAAGGAAGGAUGGCAAGGAAAGAUAGUAUUUACCAAGCCAGAGGGUUAUGUAUGUGGAGGUAGUUUUCUUUCAAUUCACAACACGCUGUAAAUUACAAAUCUGUUUUCCAUAACUUUUCUUAAUCUACCAGCUCACAUUCCUCUCCUUUUGUUCUCUGCUCCACAGGUGUGGGCCAGGCGGUUCCUGCGCAGCACCCGGCUGGGGUACGUCAAAGUCUUGGCUGCGGAGACCCCCCCGGACGCCGGCAGUGGGCAGGUGCUGCGGCUGCAAGGGGGACCCCCUGCCUGUCCCCCAGGCUCCAUCCUCGUGGAGACCUCCACCAGCUCCGACCUCCUGGCUCUGUGA